AUGAACAAUGAAAUUAAUAUUCCUUAUUUUGGUGAAAUAAUAUUAAAAAAAAAUAAUAAAAGUAAAAAGAAUAAGAGUGAAACAUUGAAUAUAAAUAUUUAUUCAACCAAAAAACCAUAUUUAAAAAAAAAAUUGACUAAAAAUUUUCCUGAGACAAAAUUAGAUCCUUUUACAUAUAAUAAUGUUAAUGUUUUAUCAACUACUUUAGUAUAUGAUAACAAUGUUUAUAAUACAUCUUCAGAUAAACAAAAGCCGGUAAAAUCUUAUAAUAUAGCAGCAAUAAUUUUUGUGAAUGCUGUUAUAAUUGUAUCUAUAAUAUUUAUUAUUGUUAUAUUUUAUGUUUGUAAAAAGAAUAAAGUAACAAAAGAAAAAAUUUACAAAAAGAUAAAAAAAAGUGAAUGCUUAAAUGGAAAUAUUGGUAAGAAAAUAGAAAACAUAAAAAUUGAUGUAGAAAACUAUCACAAUCAAAAAUAUUUAUUAAAUAAGAUAACUAAUAAAAAUAAGUUUAAAAAUACUUUAGAAGAAAUACCUCAAAAUAAUUAUUCAAAAUUAGUUGAAACUAACAUGUCACAAAAACCAAAUUCUCAAUCUAUAUCAUUUAAAAGUAAUGAUACGUUUAAUAUUUUGGAAUCAACAACUUCAAAAAAAAAUAUUGAAAAGAAUCUUUAUAGAGUUAAAUGUAAUAAGAGUUGUGUUCAACAAUCAAAACCAGUUAUUUAUGCUAAUGUUGGUAAUAUUACUUGGAGAAAAAAUGAAAAAGAUUUGUCCUUGUUUAGUUUCCAAAUAUCAUCAAGCAGUGAACAAUUAGAAUAA